AUGAAUGUAAGAAAAAGCAUCUUAAGUUAUUUAGCUCUGCAUAGCAGCGUCGUCCCGAGGAGCCAUCCCCAGAGCUAUCACAAGGAAUGCAGGCAGCGCGGCAGCCCAAACGGGAUGGAAAAGAACAACAAAAUGAAAAGCGUGAGGCCCAAUUAUUUUGUAUGCAUCCCGCUGUCAGGAAACAAGGGCCUAGUGGAAGAAUUGAUCAAAGUACAAAACCACGUCUCUUCCAAAUUUGAAAUGCUCAAAGAAUGUGCAAUUGAGAGAAACAAGUUUCACAUGUCUCUCCUCAUUUUACACGUGAAGAAAUCCCAAAUGGAGUCCUCCAAGGAGGCCUUCCAUGAAGCCAUGGAAGAAAUUAAAAAGCUCAACCAUCAAGCCAUUUCGUUCAACACACUGGAAACGUUUCGAAACGAUGUUUUAUAUGCAGGCCUGCAUGAGGGCAGCCGGAAGUACAUAAUAAAUAUGAUAGCUCUCCUGAGGGACUCCUUCGCCAAGAGGGACAUACACAUCUGCAGCAACCGCAGGGGUAAGGAGGAGGCCCGGGAGAAGAAGCGCCCGAGCGGCACAAUGGAAAAAAGUGUAGCCAACCCAAUCGACAAAGGUGCAGCUAACCCGAUCCGCAAAGGUGCCGCCAACCAAAGCGACAAAAGUGAAGCCUCCCCCAGCACAAACCAAUGCGGUGACAAAGAAGAAGUAACCCCCCACGUAACCAUCAUGAAAAACUCCUACCUGAGAAAAAUCUACGCCAACAGGAAGCCCCAGAUUUUCGCCGACUAUUACGCCGACUUCAACUUGUCCAAACUGCAAAAUGAGCGAGUGUUGCCAAACAAAAUACAGUUCCUCGAAAUGGACACGGACUCGACAACGUCGUACUAUAGAGUCAUCGCUGAAUGUGGUCUUCCUUGA